UGAAUUUAGGUUAUGUGUUUCGGAGUUGCGAUCUCAUUGUGUCGAUCUUUUUGUUAUUUCGCCUUUUUGAGUUUUGAUGCAUUGCUGACGUAAAUUCGUUCAAGUGUCAGUUAAUUGGGAUAAUGAUUGGUAGACUUAGUUACAAUGAGAAGAUUGGGAAAGGUGGCUUUGCGUUGUCUCUUCGUCUUUAAUUUUGGCUCCUGACGGGUUGUAUUUUGACUCGUCUUGUUGAGUUUUUGUUUACGAGGUCUUAUGUUACGGUAUGACUGGAAAUGGGGAUCUGGCUUGAAUGUUGUAUGCUUUGUCAUAACUUGAGUACGGUUCAUGACUUUGCUAUAUUCUGAUCCAGUGUGAUCUGAUUAGUGAUGUGUGCCUUUGGAUUGUUCUGCUAUUCCAAGAGAUUCUAGAAGCAUUUACUGAUAUUAUGUGGAAUGGUGACCGGUGAACGGUAAACUUGGGUGUAUCUUAUGAAAAGUGCUUGUUGUCUCUGAUUACCUGAAGUGUGUGCUUUAAGAAUGUUUGUAUAGUAUGCUCUUUGAAGUUGUGCGAGUGUUUACUAUUAUCUUGUGUCUAAGGCUCUGUCAGUGAUAAAACGAAAGAAGUAAGAGCACAAAGAGGAUAGCUCUUGAUGAGACGAUUGUAGAAAAACCGGUCUUUAUGGCCAAAGAUGCUGACGCUUUGGACAUGGAAACUUCCUCGUCGAAGAAAGUCGGGAGGAGCCGCACGAAAAAUAUUAAGGUGGAGUUCCUUCCAGAUUCCGUUGGAGCAGACACAGAUGCUGACCAAGGUGGUCAAGGGGUCACUACCCGUGAGGAAAAAGUUAGCAGCCUUAAGACUGGUUUGGUACAUGUUGCUCGGAAGAUGACAAAGAAUAUGCAUGCUCAUUUCAUACUUGGCUUGAUGUAUCAAAGGAUGGGUCAACCUCAAAAGGCUAUUUUGGCUUACGAAAAAGCCGUGGAGAUAUUACUUCGUUCUGAAGAAGAAAUUGAUAGACCAGAGUUGCUCUCUGUGGUGCAGCUUCACCAUGCUCAGUGUAUACUUCUAGAAAGCCUGGAGAAUUCUAGUUCAGAUGAAGAACUUGAACCUCACGAACUUGAUGAAAUCUGUUCCAAACUGAGGGAGUCCAUUGAAUCAGAUGUUAGGCAGGCAUCUGUCUGGAACACGUUAGGUUUAAUUCUUCUUAGAACUGGUCGCUUGCAGAGUGCUAUAUCCGUAUUUUCUUCUUUGUUGGAGAUUGUCCCUGACUACUUGGAUGGGCUUGGAAACCUUGGAAUUGCAUAUCUUCAAGGUGGAGAUUUGGAACUUUCAGAGAAGUAUCUCCAGGAUUUGAUUUUAAAGGAUCAAAAUCAUCCUGCAGCUUUGGUGAAUUAUGCUGCCCUCCUUCUAAUUAAAUAUGGUUCAGUUAUUGCAGGUGCUGGGGCUAAUGCUGAUGCCCAAACUUCUAUGGAUCAUGUUUCAGCAGUCUGCAUUGCUAAGGAUUGUUUAUUAGCAGGGGCAAAAUCUGACCCCAGAGCAGCUCAUAUUUGGACUAAUCUGGCCAAUGCGUAUAAUUUGAUUGGAGAUCAUAGAACUUCUGGAAAGUGCUUAGAAAAGGCCGGAAAACUGGAUCCAAAUUGUUUGGCCACACGAUAUGCUGUUGGAGUUCACCGAAUCAGAGAUGCUGAAAGAUCCCAAAAUCCUAAUGAACAGCUUACUUGGGCAGGAAAUGAGAUGGCUUCAGUAAUAAGAGAAGGAGAUCCGGUCCAUAUUGAACCUCCAAUAGCAUGGGCAGGUCUUGCUCUUGUCCACAAGGCUCAGCAUGAGAUUGCAUCAGUGUUUGAAAUUGAUCCUAAGGAAUUGUUGGAAGUUAAAGAUCGUGCCAUGAGCAGUCUAAAACAGGCUAUAGGAGAAGACCCCGACGAUGCAUUACAGUGGAACCAAAUUGGGCUUCAUUGUCUUUGUACACAGCAGCUUAAAAUGUCUCAGACGUACUUCAAGUCUGCAGUCACUCGUCUUAAUGACUGUGUCUAUACAUGGUCAAAUCUUGGCAUUUCUCUUCAGCUUCUUGGGGAAUCUACCCAUGCUGAAGAAGUGUAUAAGCACUCUCUAUCAUUAGCUACAUCUCAACAAGCGCCUGCUAUAUUUUCCAACCUCGGGAACUUUUGUCGCCAGAUGAGAAAAUAUGAAAGCGCAAAAGCAAUGUUCAGCAAGGCUCUUGAACUGCGGCCUGGUUAUGCUCCUGCCUAUAAUAAUCUUGGUCUCGUGUUCAUAGCUGAGGGUCAAUUAGAAGAAGCUAAGUUCUGCUUCAACAAGGCUACUGAAUCAGAUCCAUUUUUGGAUGCUGCUAAAUCUAACAUGAUUAAGGUGGCUACCUUGUAUAGAAAGGAUGUGAGCUUGCAUUCAGCCUGAUAUUCGAUUAGGUGAUAUGGAGUCGGAGAUCCUCAGAGAUGACCAGCAACUCGGGAAGUACAGACCCUUUUUGUUUGUGCACAUCAACUAUGUGCCUUUAUCUCAACUUCAUUGAGUCAGUUGAUCAUUUAUGCGACUGUACGCAAAUCACUGUUCACGGCAGCUUUAAAUGGGUUAGCUACUGGCCGUUCUAUCUUCUGCAAUAUUUGCAUCGCUUUCCGUCUGGAUAUGUUCCGGUCUGUGUUGUUGGUCUAUUCAGAUGGUCCAAUUGGCUGUCCAACUUCAAGUUCAUGCCCUAUCUUACUCUGCAUUCACUGCUUCUGGAAUGAUGAAAUGGAAGUGUUACUCAGGGAAUAUCAUUGACACGAAGAGAUCAGACUACUGUCGGGGGAACACUGUUUCAUGCAGCGACGGAGCCAGCUUAGGCCAAGCCAGUGGGGUGCUGGACCGGUGCUGGACCACAACGGAGUGAGGUGAGGUCCGGCAGAGAAGAAAUGGAGCUUACGGAAGUUUCUGUCAUUAUGGAUCUGAUGAAGAAGAAAGAGAAGCAAUAAAUAACAUCUUUAACAUUUUUUAAAAUGUGAAAGUGAUGUGUAUUCUAGAUAAUCAAGGUAGAAACUUGUUAAAUUCAUGUUAAUAUUAAUUCUUUAUUUUCUAUAAAUAAUCUUACUUUUUUAUUGUUUUUUGUAUA